UCCGAUGCUUUAAAAUGAAAACGUGGGCCGCAAAAUGCUUCAUUUCAUGGCACGCGCCUCCGCCAAGCGGAGGUCUGACAACUCGUAAACAAGCAAGAACAUCAUGCAACGUGCGGCAAGAAUUCCAUUCUUCCACUAGAACCAAGGAAUAUUUGUAACUUACUUUGUAUAGUUCUACAGAAAAUGGGAAGUUUUAAAAUUUCGGGUUCUUUCCGAUGUUUUUGGUCGCACCUUUUCUACGGUAUCUGUUUCGGACUUUGGCUAAUGCAUGGUUACGGAGCAGUUGAAAUACGCCGUCUUUCCGUUCCACGCUGGGUACAGAAUGGCACAGAAGAUUUUGUAAUACUUGACUGCGAAUACAGUUACACCGAGAACGACUUCCGCCUCGUUGUAAAGUGGUUCUUUGAAGACAAUUUGGAGCCAGUUUACCAAUGGAUACCAGAGCUUGAUAGACGACAUACAUCUGGUGUUCUCCAUAACCGUCUGGAUCUGGAUUUUGCUGUCAAUACCGUGGAUGCCUACUCCAAAUUCAGGGCUCUUAGGAUUCCGAAACCUUCCACAGAACUCAGCGGCAAAUAUACGUGCGUGGUAGCAUCACUCGCCAACCAAGAUUCACGAGAGCAAGUGAUGACAGUUUUUGUACCAGCCAAUGAAUUCGAGCUAGGCUACUUUGAGACGAGUUACAACACUGUGAAUGUUUCCUGCGAAGCCCUUGGUGUAUUUCCGUCACCAGAUUUAAGGCUUUAUCUAAGGCCAACAAAUGGCAGUCCACCUCAACUCGUCACAAAUGUGAAAACUGAAAGCAUCAACAGAUCGUCAGGUGCCUUUGACGCAUUUUUACAUCGGACGUUUAAAAUCAGUGAACUCACAGUGAAAGGUGCCACAGUGUUUGAAUGUGUGUUAGAGCUACCGGGAACGAAUUAUGUAAAAUCUAAAAGAAUUGCUUACUUUCCAGGUAUACAGGGACCUCGAAUAGGAUCUCCGGACGGAUGGUCAUCAUCUACAUCAAGAUUGCAUUUACAAAUUGGUUAUCUUGAGUUAUUCAUAAUAAAUUUAAUUGUAACUCAGCAGCUUGUGAUGUUUCAGUGGAAUACUUGAUUACAAAAUUAUCUUCUCUUGGUGUGAAAUUAAAUUAAAAUCAUUCGAACAUUCAUUAAAUUUAAAUAGCAGUCAAGAAUGCAAUGCAGAUGUAAUAACUUAAUCACAUAACAUUUGUUGGCUAUAAGAAGAAAUGGAAUUUUUAAAGCUUCAUUUUGGAAGUUAAAUGAAAUUCAGAUCGUAAAAAUGGGUUAAUGCUUUGGAUGUUUCAUUAAGAAACAAUCGCUUACGUUGUAACAAAUUUUAGAAAAUUUUUACUGAUUUGACUUUUUGAUCUAAUUAAAAUGCGUUGUUUUAGUGUCAAGGUUACCUCAAGAUCAACAAAGAAAAGAAAAGAAAGAAAGAAGGGAUUUAUUAUUGCACAUAUAAAAUACAAGUUAAUAAUAAUCAUACAAAAGCGAAAUAAAAUUAUCAUUCGAAAAUGUAUUAUUUUACCUCUAAUUAUCAUAUUUCUUUUUAUUGUCUAUUGACUGCAUUAGCCAAAUAUAUUCUUCCUUGUGAAUGUUUUUCUCUAAAAGCACCGUAUAAUAUCUAUUGCAAGUGUACAUAUUUGUGUUGUGUAAAAAUUGUUUUAAAUGUUUAUUAAUUGCAUAUAUACAUACAUUUAGGGUGUUUCAGAAUAAAUUUGCCAGAGGCGAGACAUGAGCUCUAUGGUCGAAGAUAAGCAAAAUAAUUUCAUAUGAGGAUAUCCUGAGAAACGCAUUAUUUACCAGUUAUGAAAUAUUCAACAUCAACAGCAAGUGGAUGCAAAAGUUACCUUUUUAUAUGGGAUGGCAGAAUAAAUUAGCCAAACGCUGAUAGUGCAUUCUGUGGUAGAAGAUUGUAGAGUUCCUCACUGUGUGAUUCUAAGUUACUGUUGGAAGUGAAGAAUCUUAAGAAGAAACAAGCGAAUAAUCGCUUGUGUACGUGUGACAGGAAACAACAAGAUAGAAGAGUAAACUAAA